UUAACUAAGGAAGAAGAGGGUGGAGGCGGAACGGGAUGGGCACUUCUCCAUUUGCUCGAAAUCUGAUCUCGCGGAGAGGAGAAGAGGAGGCGGAGAUUUGGGAAGAAGGAAGAGUAGUAAAAAGGAGAGGCGAGGAUUUGAAUGAAGAAUGAGGCAGAAAAGCAAAAGGGCGGCGGAAGAGAGAGCUUGAGGCUUGGCAUCUAAUUUUGCAUCCAGAUUCGUACUGCUUCUUUCGAACUUCCAAUUUCCGAUAUUGUCGAUCUAUGCUCUCGGGAAAAUAGAGGCUUUUUCUCUGCCUCCCCAUUGGAGAGGAGGAAAAGCAGGAGCACGGCAUAGAGAAAGGAGUAAAGGUUCGAAUCUAAUUAGAAUUUUGCUGUCCGUGCCAAUCGAGAGGAGGAACAGCCUCUGGUAAGGCUGACUUUCUUAUCUCUUUGAGGUGCUAUCCAAGUGCAGCAGUACAAGAUGGAAGCCAAUCUUAACAAUGGUUUUUACCAGGAGAGUAGGAGUUCUCAAUUUAAUUAUCCUCGCAUGGUCUGUUUCCAGUCAAGUGCAAUAGAUAGCUCAACAGGGAUGGCUCCUGGUGACGUACCUACUAUGGCUGGAAACACUAACAUGGAAAUGAUGCCUUGGUUCAGGCAUGUUUCGAGUACACCUGAAUAUUGGUCUCCAGAUGAAGUGGAAACAUUGAACAAAGGCUUAAUAAAUUUUGCAAGUGAAUCAAGGAUACAAAAGUUCACCAAGAUAGCUGCUAUGCUGCCUCAGAAGACAAUAAGGGAUGUUGCAUUGAGAUGUCAGUGGAUGAUUAACAAGGAAAAUGGAAAAAGGAGAAAAACAGAAGAAUAUUAUGCAACAAAAAAGAUAAAAGAUAUGAAGGAAAAGAUGAUGGGUUUUCCUUCCACAAAUACUUCUAUGGCUCCUAAUUUACUAACAAUGCAUCAUAUGAGCAUCCAUUAUCAGCUUCGAUCCGAAGAACUGAAGAGUCUUCUGGAGAAAAAUGAAAAAUGUCUGAAGGAGAUUGCAAGAAAUCUUGAGGGAGGAAUGAUGCAAGAUAACAUAAGUUUGUUUCAUCGCACGAGAAAUAACAUUGCCACACUGGAGAAUAGAAUAACUAUUCUCUCUAGAGGAAUGAACCAGCUUCCUGGGUCAUUGAGACAGAUGCCUUCCAUGCCGGUAACCGUAAAUGAUAGGCUUCUCAGCAGUCUUGCACCUCUUGAUGAGCAUGUUAAUAUCAACACACCUGGAAGCGGUUACUUGAAGCCGGAUCCAACAUGCUUCAGACCUCCCGAGAGAGGAUGAUCUAAUGAGCUCGGUGUAAAAGAUUCUCUAGGAAAUGCUGUGCAAAGCAGUCUCACUCAGUCUUCUACAUUUAAAUUUUUCAAUGGGAAGACCUGAUGGAGAGCCAGAGAGGUACUGAACCUAGCCAGAGGCAACAAAAUUGUGUCCUCCAGGGUUAUUCAGCUUUGACCAAAAAUUUCUCAUCCAAAAAAUUUAUAUGUAUUUGUUGCAUCAAUGGAGUCAUGUGUUUGGAUGUAAGGAAAUAAUGGUUGAUAUUUUUUUUUCUUUGGGUUGCAAUCUUUCCUAGUUUUUCUUCAAAAUAUUGUUUGAUUAUUUCUUUGAAAAGAAAAAUAGGUUGAAGUA